AUGACCACCGAAACCAGCAAGGACCCAAAAUCUGUCUACGAUUUCACUCUCAAGGAUGGUAAGGGAAAUGAUGUAGAUCUUGCUACAUACAAAGGAAAAGUCCUUCUCAUUGUUAACGUUGCUUCCAAAUGUGGCAUGACCAACUCAAAUUAUGUGGAGUUGAAUCAACUAUAUGACAAGUACAAACACAAAGGGUUUGAGAUUCUGGCAUUUCCAAGUAAUCAAUUUGGUGAGGAAGAACCUGGAACCAAUGAUCAAAUAUUGGAUUUCGUCUGCACUCGCUUCAAAUCAGAAUUCCCCAUCUUUGAUAAGAUUGAAGUGAAUGGAGAGAACUCUGCUCCCUUGUAUAAAUUCUUGAAGUCGGGUAAAUGGGGAAUUUUUGGGGAUGAUAUUCAGUGGAACUUUGCAAAGUUUCUAGUUGACAAGGAUGGCCAAGUGGUGGAUCGAUAUUAUCCCACAACCUCUCCUCUUAGCCUUGAGAGAGACAUCUCUAAACUACUUGGUGUUGAAUGA